AUGUCGUUUGGAAUGUCUAAUGCGCCUGGAGUUUUCAUGGAGUACAUGAACCGAAUUUUCCAUUUGUACUUAGAUCGAUUUGUUAUGGUGUUUAUAGAUGAUAUCCUUAUAUAUUCGAAAUCCGAGGAAGAGCAUAAGGAACAUCUGCAGGUGGUGCUACAGAUGUUGAAAGAUAACAAGUUAUAUGCCAAGUUAUCCAAGUGUGAAUUCUUGUUGGAGAAAGUGAGUUUUCUCGGGCACGUGAUUUCUAGUGGUGGCAUUGAUGUUCACCCGUCGAAAGUUGAUGUUGUGUUACAGUGGGAGACUCUGAAGUCUGUUAUUGAGAUUAGGAGUUUCCACGGGUUAGCUGGUUAUUACUGCAGAAGGGUGUUACAAGGAACGUCUAACAGUGUUAAGUUGGGUAUAUUGAAGUUGAUUAGUGGCAUUCUGGAAGAAAUAAGAGAAUGCCAGAAGAUCGACUUAGGAUUGAUUGACCGAUUAAUGUUGAUUAACCAAGGUGAGGGUGGUGACUUUAGAGUCGAUGAGAACGGUGUGAUCAGACUCGGAAAUAGAGUUUGCGCUCCAAAUGUACCAGAACUUAAAAAUAGUAUUCUUAAAGAAGGUCAUAGGAGUGGAUUAAGUAUUCAUCCCAGUGCUACUAAGAUGUAUCAGGACUUGAAGAAAUUGUUUUGGUGGCCAGGUAUGAAGAAAGACGUAGCUGACUUUGUCUAUGCUUGUUUGAUCUGUCAGAAAUCAAAGAUUGAACAUCAGAAGUCGUUGAGCCUGAUGCAACCGUUAAGCAUUCUAGAGUGGAAAUGGGAUAAUAUUUCUAUAGAUUUUGUGACAAGUCUUCCUAAGAUGAUGAAGGGAUGUGACUCAAUUUGGGUGAUUAUGGAUAGGCUGACUAAAUCGUCUCACUUUAUUUCGAUUGAGAUCGGUUAUCCUUUGUAG